CGCCUGCGUCUUACCCUGCUUGGACCAGAUUGCCAUCUGAUAAACAACAAAGCAUAACUCCAGCCUUGUCUGAUCCUCUCAACCGCCUCACAUUCAUUUUCUGCUUACUGCCUCUCACUGCUCACCCUCAGGUGUUCAAUCAAUACUAGUAGUAGGGCAAACACGAGUCGAUUGUUGACUACCACAAACAUGCGGGCCAUUCAAGUCACCGAAUACGUGAAGGGGCCUAUGGACCUCAGAGUCGUUACACUUCCUACCCCUGUUCCAUCCCCAACGGACUACCUUAUCGAAAUCCAUUCGGCAGGUACCAACUUCUUCGAUAUCUUGCAAAUUCAAGGCAAAUACCAGCAUCAACCUGCAUUACCCUGGAUUGGAGGUGCAGAGUUUGCGGGUACGGUUUUGGCAGUGCCUUCCUCCCUUAGAACGCCGCUACGAUUUGCUGUCGGCGAUCGAGUCUUUGGUGCGACGCAGGGUGCCUAUGCCACUCAUAUCCUUGCUCCUGAGCAAGCCCUACUACCUAUCCCAGCUGGUUGGACAUUUGAGGACGCCGCAGGUCUGUUUGUCACGGCCCCCACAUCUUAUGGGGCCCUCGUCCAUCGGGCAAAUGUUCAAGCCGGCGAGUGGGUGCUGGUGCAUGCGGCCGCAGGCGGCGUUGGUCUUGCCGCCGUGCAGAUUGCCAAAGCCAAGGGAGCGAUGGUAAUUGCGACUGCAGGUACCCAGCGGAAGCGGCAGAUCGCGCGACAGUUUGGCGCGGACUAUGUCGUCGAUUACCGGGAUAAGAGCUGGCCGGAACAGGUCAAACAACUGUGCGCCCAACACCGCGCAGGAAACGGCAAGGCAGGAGUCGAUAUUGUCUAUGACCCUGUCGGGUUGAUUGAGACCAGCCUCAAGUGUGUCGCAUGGAAUGCACGCUUGUUAGUUAUUGGAUUCGCAGCCGGCGAGAUUGAGAAGGUCGCUUUGAAUCGGGUGCUUCUCAAAAACGUCAGUCUGGUCGGACUGCAUUGGGGCCAGUAUGCCCGGUUCGAGAAAGAGACAGUCAAGUCUGUAUGGGCCGGCAUCUUCGAUCUCGUCGCACAGGGGAAGUUCAGGGGCACUGCUUUCAAAGAUGAGGCCUUUGUGGGCCUGGAGAGUGUUCCCCGGGCUUUGCAGGCGCUGGGCGGAAGAGAAACUUGGGGCAAGGUGGUGGUGAAAGUCGUCGACCAUGAGAACGAUACAAGCAAAAGUAAGCUCUGAGCGCAUCGGAACAACUAGAUCAGCAGAAGUCCAGUCACCUAUAAUCUACAACGCACAAAACAGGGCUUAGCAAGGUUACAUGUUCGUUCAAGCGACUUAGCAGAUACUAUUCUGGAUUCGCUAUGCAAACUAUCUAAAUACGGUCGGCGGGUAUGUAGGUGCGCAAGGAGUCAUGCUCUCGUAGGAAAUAUGAUACGCGAGCAACAUGAACUAUGAAGGCC